CAUGAUUGGACCGGUUCAGGUCCUCAAAAAACACGUCCCAGAACCGGCCCGUUCAAUGGUCAUGUCGCUAUAAUUUAUUGUUUCGUUUUCAGCUACUGCAGUGAACUAGUGACAAUAUUUUCGACUCCUUUUGAAGCUUUUGGGCGUUUUCAGCUUGUACAGUGAACCAGUCACAAUAUUUCGACUCCUUUUUAAGCUUUUGGGCGUCCUUCUCCGAGAGAGGCAUUUUUGUGGUGGCCAUAUAGUUAAAUCUUUGUUCGUUGCACAAUGCUAAAGGGUUAUGCUUUGAAGGUCAAGCAUGUGAUCUGCGAUCACUGGGAUUUUGUGCCCUCUCACUUCAAAUUUCAGCUCUAUUUUUUCGUCGGGAUCUUUGUAAUUUCAUUGAUUUGAUGUGGGUUUUCCUAGAAAUUAAUUAUUGAAGCGGGGGAGGAUAUUCUGUAGUGUUUUGAGCUAUUUGGUCCGGAACUAAUUUUUUCGAGCUUUUUGUCCUUUUUAUUACUAUUUCACUUUCAUAUAACAAUUUGCUGGAUAAAAAUCGGUUCUUGAGGGGUGGAAACAUUUUUUCCCCUCCCAUAUAGGGCUUUGGUUUUUGUUGAAAGUGGGGAAAGAAAUGGUUCCUUUUGUCAUGUUUAAAAAUUAUUUCUGAAAAUGGUUUGAUUUGCUUUAGGCGAUUCUAUGAAAUUUCUCGGAGUUGGGGGAUUUAUCUUUUUUUUUCCGUAUGUUUAUAUUUAGAGGGAGGUUGAAAUUGUUGUUUCUUGCGAGAUUUUGAUGAUUUUGGGAUCUGCUAAAGAUGGGAUUAGUUGAUGAGGGCUUAAAAGUGGAGUCUUGGGAUGUCAAGUUAUCAAAGGGGAGUAACAGAAGAGAGUGUGGUGAUAUUGAUGAUGAAGUAUUGGAAAAGGGAUGUUGCAUUAGAUUAUGGGUUUUUGGCUGUUGUGUUCCCUCAAGAUCUAAAGUUGAUACCUCCAUUAGCGGCAUCAGCACUCAUGAAAGUAAAUCUGCAAGUGACAAAGGCAAAGACCAACCAGUUGCCCCUAUAGUCCCAUCCACCACAACUAGCAAUGCUGAAAGCGUUUCUUCAAGCACAAGACUCGAGGAGGAGCUUAAAAUUUCUUCCCGCCUUCGAAAAUUUGGUUUCAAUGACCUUAAGAUGGCCACAAGAAAUUUUAGACCAGAAUCUCUUCUUGGUGAAGGGGGUUUUGGUUGUGUGUUCAAGGGAUGGAUUGAAGAGAAUGGUACAGCACCUGUUAAACCUGGGACGGGACUUACCGUGGCUGUGAAAACCCUGAAUCAUGAUGGACUUCAGGGUCACAAAGAAUGGCUGAUUUUGAGUUGGAUUGUGGACUUCAUAUUAGUUCUCUAUACAAAUGUGUGUAAAAUGACGAAAACUUUGACAACUUCAAAUUCAGGAUCCUUGCCACUUCCUUGGUCUAUCAGGAUGAAAAUAGCUCUUGGAGCUGCAAAAGGACUUGCUUUUCUGCACGAGGAAGCUGAAAGACCUGUCAUAUAUCGUGAUUUUAAGACGUCUAACAUCCUCUUGGAUGCUGAGUACAAUGCCAAACUUUCUGAUUUUGGACUUGCUAAAGAUGCUCCAGAUGAAGGAAAAACUCACGUUUCUACACGUGUGAUGGGAACCUAUGGUUAUGCCGCCCCAGAAUAUGUCAUGACAGGGCAUCUUACGUCGAAAAGCGACGUGUACAGCUUUGGAGUUGUCCUCCUCGAGCUAAUCACGGGCCGAAGAUCAAUGGACAAAACACGGCCUAAAGAUGAACACAACCUCGUCGAGUGGGCCCGGCCUCAUCUGUGUGACAAAAGACGGUUUUAUCGCAUGAUAGAUCCUCGGCUGGAGGGCCGCUUCUCGGUCAAGGGAGCCCAAAAGGCGGCCCACCUGGCGGCCCGUUGUCUCUGCCGGGACACGAAAGCCCGGCCCACAAUGAGCGAGGUUGUUGAGGUCUUGAAGCCUCUCCCCAACCUCAAGGACAUGGCCAGUUCUUCCUACUACUUCCAAACUGUUCAAUCUGAACGGGCUGGGCCCAGCCCGAAUGGGAAAGCAUUGUUCAGAAAUGGGCCUCAGCCAAUGAGAAGCCUCUCGAUUUCGAAUGGGGCCUCGUUUCAGGCCUCGCCCUACCGUCUCGCUCGAAAUUCACCGAAACCGAAGGGGAAAGCUUAAAAAUGUUUUUUUUUUUUUUUUUUCCUUUUAUCUGUGUUUUUUUUCCCUUGAUGCUUAUGUGGAAAUACACUAGAAAUAUACACUGCUAUGGAAAUGAAGGUUUAGUAAAUGGGUUGAAUGUGUGUAAAUGGUGGAAUGUGGCUUGC